CUGUUUAGUUGAUUUUCUUUUCGACGAUUGCAUGAGUCUGCUGGCAGCUUUUGCUCAAAGUGAACCGUGUUCCUCUUACCGUAACGAACUUUUUUUUUUGUUCCAACUGGUUCGGAAUAAAUCGAAUGCGUUGAGGACGAAUUAUGUACAACUGAGAAACUGUAUCGUAUAUCAAAGUUUUGCUAGUGUAGCGUUUAUAGUGAAAUUACCGUUGGAAGAUUUUUUUAGUGAAAUUCGAGAGACUUUUUGUGUAUAAAAUUCUAUAAUUGAAAAUGGCGACCGUACAUCCAGCUGAAAAGUUUAGCUACGCACAAGAUGGAGAAAAAUUAAAGCGAGAAAUGAAAGGUUUCGGAACGGACGAACAAGCAAUUAUACGAAUUCUUGUCUUCAGUUCGCACAGCCAACGCCUAUCAAUUGUAAAAUACUUUAAAGAAGAAAACAAUCGAGAGCUGCUGGAGGAGCUGAAAGAAGAGCUGGGCGAAAAAUUUGACGAUUUGACGUACGCAUUGAUUACAAGCACAGCCGAGUAUUUUUGUUACGAGUUCAACUCACUCCUAGAGGCUGAGAGCUUAGACGAGAGAGCACUAAUUGAAAUAGUUUGUACCAGAAGCAGUGACGAAAUUAAAGAAAUUAUCAACCAAUAUCCAAAAUCAUACGAACGAUCGUUAGUCGGUCACAUAGGGGACUCAACACCAGCUCGCCGUCUCACAUCAGCCAUCCUGAAGGGCAUCAAUGAUGGCCAAACUGCUGCUGAUGUGAUCCAGGCCGAAACAUCCGAUGAAAGUAAAGCGGCUGUUGCAAUCGCUGCUGAAUGUCUCCAAAAUACCAAUGCGUUCUUCGCAAACAGCCUGAACAAUGCUUUCAAUGGGGAAGUUAGCCACAAAACGCUGACUCGCAUCAUUGCCCUUCGUUCAGAAAUCGAUUUGGCUGAUAUCAAAGCGGCUUAUGAAAGUGCAUUUAACCGAAAGUUAGGAAGCGAUAUUAAGAGUAAAGCGAAUGACGAUUAUAGAUUUGCUCUUCUUACACUAGCUGGAGAUAGUUAAAGUGAUGGUUAGA